AUGGCACUUCAUACCAUCUACGCACUCAUCAGUCUACAAGUUGUGCGAGUGCUGGUGUUUUCUCCCGCUAUGGUUACAAUUCUGGGCCCAGCGUCAGCGUCGACUGCAGCGGGCCAAGUGAUUGGCUUUGUAUUCAAAUCAAGGCUCAUCAUUUUCUUACUCUCAGUGCCGUAUCUCAAGGUUGUAGCCUUGCCGAGCAGCUCGUCCAUUCAAUGCAAAGUCUACAUGUCAAAUGAGGACUCUGGCUCAACAAUCUCCUCUUCUCUCCCCAACAGCAUUGCCGAUCAAAUAGGUAACUACGUGAUCGAAGUCCCGGAAACAAAUACACAUAUACAAGCGGAGACAGUGGUCAAAACAUCUACGGAGUCUUCCCCGCGCUCAGGCUUAGCAACAACCGACCAGACAACCUCCACACCGACUGGUGGCUAUUCCUCAGGUACAAGCGAUGAGCAGAUGACGAGCCCUAUAUCAACGAACGACGCUUGCAAGGUUUUAGAAGGCCGCUCCUGGAUUGGAUCUUUCUUGGUUGCAGUGCUUGCUGUUAUUUGA